AUGAUGGAUGGAAAACCAUUAGGAUUUAAAUACAAUAAUAAUGAUUUUAGUGACCAAUAUGAGACUUCAUAAAUAAUGACUAAUAUAGAACAAAUAAAUUAUCUUACUUGGUAAGGGGAGAGGAGUCAUAGCUUCUAAAAAAUAGGAAGGUGGGCUGCAGAUUGGAAUUGGAAUUAUGAAGGAGUUGGAGGAGUUUAUUCUGAUUAUGGUUAGAAAUAAAGUCAAUGGAAAGAAAUGACAUCGAACUUUGGGGAGUAUUUAUUAUUGGAAUAAUAUAAAAGCAAUGCAAAAGUUUAUGAAAUUUGAGAAUACGAAAAUGGAGUUAGAAUAAAAACUUGGAAUUAUGUGUAAGGAAAUAAUAGAUUGUAAAAUAGCUUUUUUGAAAAUUAAAGGUGGAGGAGUUUAUAAAGAAAAUAGGGUAAAAAUAUUAAAUGGAUUGAAUUAAGUGAUAGUUUUUCAUAGUAUAAUUCAAUAUAAUUUAUACUUAUAGUUCGAGUUAAAUAACAUAUAAUGGUGAAUAUUAAGAUGGCAAAAAAUUUGGUGUGUAGACUACUAUGUACAGAGGAUAUGUAUAUGAUGAAUUUAUAUAAAAGUAAAUAUCUAUUUUGUAUUUGUUAAGAGGCGGAGCAUAAUUUGAUGAAAAUUAAAAAAAUGGUGAGUGGAUAGAAUUGAGCAACUAUUUUAGCGAGUACUAUUUUGAAUUCAAUAAUAUUUAUAGUCUUACUUAAGUAAUUUAUUAAGGCCAUUAUUUACUUGGAAAAAAAUCUGGUCAAUGGGACACAAUGCCAAGGUUAGCUGAGGGAUAAAAGUUUGUAUCAAGACUUCUUAAAAAUUGGAAAGUGGGAUACGAUAUUUAGAGAAGAUAGUGGUGA